AGAUGGAUUUUAGUCAAAUACUGCUCCUAUUGAGUAUUGUUACUAUGAAGACAUUAGGAGUGGUAAUUGAAAAUACAUUUACAACACAGAAGACUGCUUUCCAGAAUUUUUAUCCAAACCCUGAUUAUUUGCAGUAUGUUGUUUAUAUCAACAAAUAUGGCCUUGAUUUAAGUGGAUUUACGACAAUAACAUUUGAGGUCAAGGCAUGUCAUGCUGUUAAAAUUGUUUUGUCAAAUUCAGACGAUGGAGAUUCAUCAAAGCCCAUGUAUAAUGUCUUCAUUUGUGGCGCUCAAAAUCAAAGGUCAGGGUUUCAAAGACGGAAUGACGAUCCACUUUCACCGGAUAGCCAGAUAAACGUCUCAUUCGACACACUCGACCUUUGUUCAUGUAAUGAAUAUCGUCCAUUUUGGGUCAGUGCCAUUAAUGGAGAUCUUAAAACAGGAACAGGAUUGGUCGUUGGUACUAAUGUCAUAGCUGAGUGUACCGACCCUUAUCCUUUUAGAAUAAGAAGUAUUGGAUUAUUCACAAAUCAACAAAUUCUAGGAGAAUGGAGGGUACAGUUGGAAGUUGUGAACAAUCAUUUUGAUGGUAGUUUCUCCCGAUGUACAACAAACUAUAAAGCAGCCCUGAACAUUUUAUUCUCAACGAAUAACACGUCACUACUUCAAUGUGCUGCCCUAUGUGAUAAACUACCCUCAUGCAUUGGACUCAACUAUUAUAAUCAAAGUCUACUGGAACGUGUUACUUUUCAGUCCGGAUACCACCAGUCUUCUAAAGUAGAAGAUUCUUUAUCUGCAAGCUGCUCACAUUUGACAAUGGAGGCUAGACUGAAGCAAAUGGAGGAUCAAGUAAAAACUAUUUCUGGUCAGUCUGCAGAAGGACAAGUGGACGAAUGUUUGAAACAUGUAAGGAUCUUAGCAUCUAGGCCUAAUUAA